GGAAGUUUUGAAACAACAUGGAGGCUAGGGGUAAUAUGCACAAACAAAGUAAACAAUGGUAAUGCGAAGCGAAAACUAAAACGUAAUUGCACCAGUGAGAGUUCUUAUGAAGCGUUAUCGUAAUAUUAUACAAAGUCAUGAGCAACCCUUCUGCAAGUGGCAAUUUUGCGCCCGUCUUCAACCCACCGUUCUCUCCUCCUCUAACAAAAAUGUUUAACAUGUUGGAGAAUGCUACAGAACAACUGAUGCUACUUAAAGACUUCCAGGCUGCCUUUCAAAGAUGCGACAGAGGCCUGGGUAGUGUCGCAGAUGCUGGAGGAGAAGAAGAGGACGUGAGGGCCGAGAUGAAGGCUGGCUUUUGCAUCGUGGGGAUCCAAGCUCUUGCUGAGCUGAAUCAGUGGCGUGGUGUCCUCUCCUGGCUUCUUCAACAUUAUAAGAAUCAGGAGGAAAUACCUGUUAAACUCAUGCAAAUGUGCAUCCUUCUUUAUUCCCAGGUGGGGGAGCCAGCUGCGAUGCGGGAGGCCACACGGGCAUGGCUGCACAGCCCGUCCAACCGCUGUGUCUCUGGCUUUGGCACGGUGGCCGAGCUGUACCUCCUGCAUGUCCUCUUGCCGCUAGCAUGCACGGACCAGGCCAGAGAUUUUGUCGCUGGUGAAGUGGGAAGCAUCACGUUCACAGAAGAGCAAAAGCAGACAGCACUGGGCGUGAUAGAAGAAGCUGAGCGUCAGGAACAGGAGCCCGCUGUCAAUGCAGAUUGUAGCAGUAGUCAUGCUUCCACAACAGAAGGUUCCCUUUUCCAUAAACUGGAAGCUAUGUUGAGACUUUCCUUCAGGAGAUUGAUGUCUGGAUCUGUCUCAUUCCAUAAGCUCUUCUUGGCUGCUCUUCUUUGCUACAUGUUGUUUUUACGCUUGGAUCCAGCUCUUCCGUCAUCCUUCAUGUGGAUUUCCAAGCUUCAUCAGCUGCUCAGAGAGCUGUGGAAAGCCGUGGUGGGCCCGUAUUACCAGCAGAGAGCUCUGAAAGACUGACUUGUGGUGUUUAUCAGGGCAGCACACACAGACAUACUGUAAAUCAUCAUAAACUAUGAACGGAGCGUGAAAUGAAGAAUUCUAAUGCAAUAUGUUUAAUCUGAUCAAUUUAUUUUGGCAUUUUUCUGCUUUUAUUAAAAUUCCAAGCUCAUUUCCCUUCUUAAAAAUAGACAACUUUUGUUUUGUCUUAUUUCAAAAACAACACAUGACUCCCAUUUUAGGC